AUGAUGGACACCGUGAACGCCUGCCUGGCGGCCGUCAACAUGCGUCUGAAACAACUCUUGUCAGGGCACUUCGUUCUAAAACCAAUGGAUGUGGCUUUCAAGGAGCCUGCAAAGGAAGCCGCAGUGAAGCGCGCCGCGGUCGUGGUGCGCUGGUUGAUUCUCAGGCACCGGUGCGUCGUCGAGCUGGAUUUGGAUGACAACAUAUGUCGGAAGUACCGCGAGUUCGCCGGACUUUGGCUCGAGUGCCUAAGCAAAGCACAAACUCUAGGGGGACUCAGAGUUCGGCUGCCGACGGCUCGCCCCUAUGCUGCAGAGUGGCCCCUGAACGAAAUUUGGCAUGUUUGUUGGCUCCGUAAGUUAGAACUGAGGUACGUAGACUUGUCGGGCACAGGUAAUGUUCCCUUCAAAGAGUUCGCCGACUUCAUGCAGCGGUGCACUCAACUCGCGGAGCUCAAGUUAGCGUACUUCAUGAAGCAGCCCAAGGAUCCCACAGUGCUGUUCGGGGCUCUGCAGGCAAGUCGCACCCUCAAGUGGCUAUUCAUGGACGUUACGUGCUUGCGGCGUCAGGACGGAUCGCUUCUGGCCGAGUAUCUCCGCAGCGGCCCCGCUCUCGUAGACCUGGACCUGACGAGCUCCGUCGAGGCUCCUACAAUAAAACUAGGUUCCUUUAUAAACGCUGUGCAGCACUUGGAAGACUUGCAGGAGAUCAGUCUCGAGAAUUUUUCCCUCAGUUUGGAAUAUGCGUUCGCUUUGGCCAAAGCAGUUGUGGCUUGCCAGAAGCUGCGCGUCUUGGAACUCCUAGACUGCCACUGGCUUCUGCCAGACGCGGGAACGCCAUGGGACAUAUUGCCAGACAUCGACGCGCCAUGGCGCAUUUCGCCACUUGUUAUGGUACUAGAGCAGAGUACGUGCCUAGAAUAUAUGGCGCUCAAUUUGAACGCCUUUGACGCGGAAGAAGUGGGCGCAUUCUUCAGAGCCGUCGCGCAGAAUGGCAAGGUUCAAGAAGUACUAGUCGAACUUGCAGACCAGUAUAGUAUCAGAAAUAUUUACGAAGCCGCUCGCAAGACGAGAACCGAGGAGAGGUUGAAGCUUUCCGUGGUUUCCGUGGACGAAGUUGGCUUUCAAGUCGUGCGAGAUGCCGGAGCCGCGAGCCUUUCUCUACGAACGCGUGAAGAUUCCUCUCCCGGCGCCGUGUAUGACUGCCUUGCGGAACUGCCCUCUUGUGGGCACCUUAAUACCCUCGAGCUAUGCUUGAAGGCUCCUUUGAGCGUAAAUGAGGCGACCCCGAUUGCUGAGCUUCUCGAGAGCACCACGGCCCUCCUAGACUUGAACAUGGACUUCUGUACAGACAAAGAUGCGGCACGCAUCAUCCUCGAGGCGCUCGCGGUCAACAAGAGCGUUCGCUUCUUGACCAUGAAAAAAUGGAGCAUGACUCGGCGCAACGCGAAGUUCCUUUCCGCAAUAGUGCAGGCGAGUAAGAUACUUCUUUCGUUUCAGUUCCAUUGCGCUAAUAACGACAAAACGAGCAGCCGACUUGUGGCUUCCAGUCUGGCCGAGCGUAUUACCAGCAACCACACCAUCUUUUGCGUUAACAUUCGCCCACGCAGCGGUCACCGGCGUCCCUGGCUUGUCUUGCAAGCGGUCACCUUGAGAAACCACUUGCUGAUCGAGAGGGCGAUACAGUUCACCAACCAGGACAUUUCGACAGAAAACGGCUUCGACCUGCAGCGCAAGAGAGGUGCCGAGGCUCUUGACCUGGUUGCCUCAAGUUACGUGGGGCCCUCGGCUUCGGCCGACGUGCCACAAUUAUUUUUUUACAGCGAACAAAGAAGGAACAUGCGGAACGCCUGGCUGCGCGUUCAAGAAAUGGACACUUUUAUGCGUCUCACAGGUAUAGUCAGGCAAAAUGUCACUUGUUACCCAGAACCAGACGGGCGACCGCAAUUGGACAGGCUUCCCAGGGACUGUUGGUUGCACAUCCGGCAGUAUCUCAAGGUCAGCGACGUUCUCGAUCCGACCACUUCAGCCGCCAGUGCAGAUCUUCGAAAGGGCAACGCUGGCAUGUUGCAUUGGCAUGCAAGGCUGGCUUCUUGGAUUUCCCGGCUGUGGCGGACGAUUGCAGGAAGAGCUGCCUGACUUGCAGGGCAUCUCGGCAGAACACAACGGUGACCCUACGGGCAUUCGCUCG